GCAUGUCUGAACUCUCGGCACCGCAUAUUUAGUAUAAGACACACAUCAUGGGGUGACGCAUUGCUUGUAAAAAAUGAAGGGUGGAAGUUCAGAACGGUUGGUGAGAUCUUCUCGGCGUAGAGGGGAAACGCGAGCCAAACUUACCAGAUACAUAACUGUGACGUUAGCUGCUCUUUUGGGUGGCGGCGGAUCUGCAUUGCUGUUCCUCGUUCCUCUGUAUGCUGACCCAGCGCUUAGUGCCCUCGCUGCAGACUUUGACCCAGUACCAGCCGAGUGCAUCACAGAGAGGCGUGACGAUAGACUCGGCCUCGACAACUGUACCUGGGCGUCAUGCAGAGAAGGUUGCACCAGUGACGCGUAUAAAUGCAUUCAGCUGCACGUCAAAUAUAAAGCCCAUACUGAGGACUGGCGUCCGGCCGUGUUAUUUGUCAAUAUAAAGGGGUGUGGAUACCCGCCCACUGUGGAUUGCGAUAAUUUUACCACCAGUUACGGGUUUGUUGGGGCCAAGUACCCUUGUUACUGGUCAAGAGCUGACACCAGUGUGGUGAUACCUAGGUGGUCGCGUGGGGAACAGGUUGCAACUGUGACCAGGACCCUGGCAUUGCCUCUGUUUCUAUCUGGAUGCGCUGGGAUUGGAUUGUGCGCUCUGCAUUGCGAAUGCAGACCUCGAAGGAGGCGGCGCCCCCCACGCCGUCCCCCUCGUUUGCCUACGUUGUCACCCGACGACACUUCGGUCUACAGGCUAGCUUAGGCUCACCGUAAGGUCCAAUAGAGCUGUAACUAUUUUAAUACAACGUAUAUUAAGUACAUAUUAAAAUUAUAACGAGGAUUAAUGUAAA